AUGAGAGAAAUCGUGCAUCUCCAGGCCGGCCAGUGCGGCAACCAGAUCGGUGCUAAGUUCUGGGAGGUGAUCAGUGACGAGCAUGGCAUUGACCCGACUGGAACAUACCACGGAGACAGCGACCUGCAGCUGGACAGGAUCAAUGUGUAUUACAAUGAAGCCUCUGGUGGCAAAUAUGUACCCCGUGCUGUGCUUGUCGACUUGGAGCCAGGAACCAUGGACUCUGUGAGGUCCGGACCCUUUGGCCAGGUCUUCAGGCCUGACAACUUUGUUUUCGGUCAGAGCGGAGCUGGUAACAACUGGGCGAAGGGCCACUACACGGAGGGAGCAGAGCUGGUGGACUCUGUGCUGGAUGUUGUGAGGAAAGAGGCUGAGAGCUGUGACUGUCUGCAGGGCUUCCAGCUCACACACUCCCUGGGUGGAGGCACUGGGUCUGGGAUGGGAACACUGCUCAUCAGCAAGAUCCGUGAAGAAUACCCAGACCGUAUCAUGAACACCUUCAGCGUGGUGCCUUCUCCCAAAGUGUCAGACACAGUCGUAGAGCCAUACAACGCCACACUAUCGGUCCAUCAGCUGGUAGAGAACACAGACGAGACCUACUGUAUCGACAACGAGGCUCUGUACGAUAUCUGCUUCCGCACACUCAAACUCACCACACCGUCGUACGGCGACCUCAACCACCUGGUGUCCGCCACCAUGAGCGGCGUCACCACCUGCCUCAGGUUCCCCGGCCAGCUCAACGCCGAUCUGCGUAAGCUCGCCGUCAACAUGGUGCCAUUCCCACGUCUGCACUUCUUCAUGCCCGGCUUCGCACCGCUCACCAGCAGAGGCAGCCAGCAGUACAGGUCGCUCACAGUCCCUGAGCUCACACAGCAGAUGUUCGAUGCCAAGAACAUGAUGGCGGCCUGCGACCCACGCCACGGCCGUUACCUCACAGUGGCCGCCAUCUUCAGGGGCCGCAUGUCCAUGAAAGAGGUGGACGAGCAGAUGUUGAACGUGCAGAACAAGAACAGCAGCUACUUUGUGGAAUGGAUCCCCAACAACGUGAAGACCGCAGUGUGCGACAUUCCUCCCAGAGGCCUCAAGAUGGCCGCCACCUUCAUCGGCAACAGCACGGCCAUCCAGGAGCUGUUCAAGCGUAUCUCCGAGCAGUUCACCGCCAUGUUCCGGCGCAAGGCCUUCCUCCACUGGUACACCGGUGAGGGCAUGGACGAGAUGGAGUUCACCGAGGCCGAGAGCAACAUGAACGACCUGGUGUCAGAGUACCAGCAGUACCAGGACGCCACGGCCGAGGAGGAGGGAGAGUUCGAGGACGAAGGAGAGGAGGAGCUGGCUUAA